ACUUAAACAUUGACUGAUUUGUUGAUUCAUGUAUGUACUUAUUAUUCCGUAAACUGACACUAUGAGGUAAAAUUCCAAGGUAAAUACUGAGAAUGCAUGUAUUCUCAGUAUUUGAAGUAUUCUCUCAGUAUUUUCAGUAUUCUCAGAUGGAAGACAGAAAGAAAUCAUAAGCACUAACAACAGAGAGAGAUGGUCCUGUAAGAGCAAAGGAAGAGGUGGCACUGUCUGAUCUAAUUUGGGAGGAUUAUGGAAGGAUUCCUGGAGUAAUUAAUAUUAAGGUCAGACCUGAGUCUGAUCCUGAACAGGAGCUAGGAAUCUGAAGUGGAGUGGGAAGGGUAUGCUAGGCAGGAAUAUAUAGAUGAUCGAGAAAAAUAAACAGUAAGAGAAUGGGAAAGACCAGACAGUCCAGCUAAAGCAGUGAUAAAAACGUUAAGAGCAAUGUCCUUCAGAAGGCAGCAAGGGGUUGGAAGAAUGAUCCGUGAGGGCAGGAAGGCAGGCCUCCUACAGCAACGCUAGACCGCUCAGCAGUGCUAAUCACACUCACCUCUUUGCAACUUGGCACAUGUGACUUGACUUUGAGAGUGUGAGAUUGGCCGUGGUGGGACAAUGUGUACCAUGAACAAUGGCAAAGGCUACAAAUAUAGGUGCUGAGCUGAUCUAAUUGCACCCCAGUGAUGCUCUGGCAUAAAGUAGGACGAGAAACUGGCUCAGACAUACACUGCCCUCAAGGAGGAGAAAGAGGAUGCAGGCGAGCCUAAGGGGCUGUUUUCCUGUGAAUUAAUGAAAAAGGUUAGCCCAGUCAGCUGGGGGAAAAUGGCCUGGGUCUAAAAUUACUCCUGCAGGUGGAGAGUGAGGCUGGCCUUGCAUAACAAAGUAAAUAAGGCAACAGCCAUGCAAAUGUGAAGACUGAGGUUGAAGGGGACCACCAGCGCACGUCUCCCUAAUGUCUCUCUUUCUCUUUCAUUUGUCUGGAAGCCUGGGGAGCUACACAGCCUCCCAGACAGCAGGCUUUUGAAGGUUUGUACUCUGGUCUUUGGAGAGAAGGGCUAUAGGAAGGCGAGAGAAUUGAAAGCUAAAGGCACAGGUGAGAUCACAGAUGAAAGAGUACAGAGAUGCCAGGAGCCUAGCAGUUUAAGUAAAAUAUUAAGUGAUAUGUCAUAAAAUGAUUAAGUUCUAGUUAAUGAUUAUCCAUAAUUUCAUCUUUGAUAAUUUAGUCUUUAAAAAGAUAAUCUUCUGAGUUAAAAUAUUUUUAUUUCCUAGACAAAAUAACCUGGGAGAGGAUUUCUCUAAAUGCUACCAAGUAAGGGCUGGGCUGUCUGCACACUCCUGGGAGAAUCUGGUUUUGCCUUAGCAGUCAGUCAGGGAGCAGCUGCAGGCUUUUGCUUGUUCUCUUCGGCUCAGCGGAAAGUGAAAGAUCUGUGAUUUUGGAAACAAGCUGGAAUUCUUUCAAAUGUGUAUCCUAGGAUACUCAAGAACUUAGAUGUAACUUCACAGGACGGUUCUGCAUAAAGUAAAAGCCAUGUGCUCAUAAGGUUAAAUUUCCUUUGGAAAGUCCUCUGGAUCCAACGUUAAGGCGGAGUGUAAAACGAAAACAAAAGUAGCAGCCCGUGUUAGAGGAGUCAUUUGAUUUUCCUCUCUGCACUCAAGACUGCUUCUCUCUGCUGGCUGAAAACAGAUCAGAACCAUGGCUUUGGAGCAGAACCAGUCAGCGGAUUACUACUACGAGGAGCACGAAAUGAACAGCACUCACGACUACAGCCAGUACGAAGUGGUCUGCGUGAAGGAAGAGGUCAGGAAGUUUGCGAAAGUUUUCCUCCCUGCCUUCUUCGCGGUUGCUUUCAUCACUGGGCUUGCAGGCAACUCUGUGGUGGUGGCAAUUUAUGCCUAUUACAAGAAACAGAGAACCAAGACAGACGCAUACAUCCUGAAUCUGGCCGUGGCUGACUUGCUCCUCCUGUUCACCCUGCCUUUCUGGGCCGUCAAUGCAGUUCACGGGUGGGUGUUAGGGAAGAUGAUGUGCAAAGUAACCUCAGCCUUGUACACAGUGAACUUUGUCUCGGGAAUGCAGUUUCUGGCUUGUAUCAGCGUGGACAGAUACUGGGCAGUCACUAUGGCCCCCAGCCAAGCGGGAGUGGGAAGACCUUGCUGGGUCAUUUGCUCCUGUGUCUGGAUGGCUGCCGUCCUGCUGAGUAUCCCUCAGCUGGUUUUCAACACGGUGAAUGACAACAGCAGGUGCAUCCCCAUCUUUCCCCGCCACCUAGGAACGUCGAUGAAAGCGUCCAUUCAAAUGCUGGAAAUCUGCCUCGGGUUUGUGGUUCCUUUCCUCAUCAUGGGCGUGUGCUACUCUCUUACAGCAAGGACGCUCCUGAAGAUGCCCAACAUCAAAAAGUCUCGGCCCCUCAAAGUUCUGUUCACGGUGGUGAUAGUUUUCAUUGUCACUCAGCUGCCUUAUAACAUCGUCAAGUUCUGCCAGGCCAUAGACAUUAUCUACGCCCUGAUCACUGACUGCGACACGAGCAAGCGCAUGGAUGUCGCCAUCCAGAUCACAGAGAGCAUCGCACUCUUCCACAGCUGCCUCAACCCCAUCCUCUAUGUUUUCAUGGGAGCCUCGUUUAAAAACUACAUCAUGAAAGUGGCCAAGAAAUAUGGGUCCUUGAGAAGACAGAGACAAAAUACAGAGGAGAUUCCUUUUGAUUCAGAGGGUCCUACAGAGCCGACAAGUUCUUUUACCAUUUAAAUGCAACAUGCUCUGUCUUCUGCUUGGAUGCACAUGAAUGAAGCUUCUCCAGAUAGAACAUGUGCAUUAUUCUGAAACUCAGACAUCAAACACUGUUUUUGCAAUUUAUCACAAAAAAGCAGCUGUGGGGAGGGAGAGGACAGAAGCCAAGAAGAGGGAACAAUAAACAUAAAAAACAUGAAAAUUAAACUGAACAAUAUAGGAAAGUAUUAGUAACAGGCAUAAAUUAAAGCACUGUGCUAUGAGAGGAAGCUCUUGAGAGGUGAAGGAAUAGUUUUGUGUCUUGAUUACAGUAGUUGUUACACAAAUCUACACGUGUGAUGUAAUGUUUCAGAAUUCUACAAACACAUUAUACCGAAUUCAACCAUUCAGUCCAUCCGUGGAGGAAGGAUACCCAGGAUGAUUCUGUACUAUCUUUAUAACUCCCUGUGACUUUAUAAUAAUUUCAAAAUAAAAUAAUUUUUUAAAAAAA